GCUUAGAUCAGUUCAGAGAGGAGGAGAGUUUAGCUGUUGAUUGAUUCGUCUUUCAAAGUUUGAUUUUGGGCGUUUUUCGUUUCUUAGUUAAUCUCUGAGGUCUCUUGUAAUCAAAGUCAGUUUUGGAUUAAUAAAGUGAUUCAUGUUUUCUGUCUCGUGGAUGUAGGCAUAUUUUGCUAAACCACGUAAAUCCUCUCUUGUCGAUUGCUUUCUUGUUUUUGUUUGACUUCGUCGAUUUACCCAACAAGGUGAAAUUCGAAAAGUUAUUCAAAAUUUAUUGAUUACGGAUUUUGUUUCUGUUCCGUUGCCCAAAAUUCAAAUAAGAAUAUUAGUUUGUAAAUAUAUACCAACUUUAGAUCUUUUUUGAAACUGCAUAUAAUUAUGUGUUUUAGCUUCAAAAUAAACGAGUUUUUUUAAUACUUGUUCCAUUUUACACACAAAAUAGAAUUCCCUCAAAUUAAAAUUGACGCGCGAAAUAGAAUGGGAUGGCAAUCAAAACGAUGUGAACGAUGUCGUGUUGAUUAUAUAAAACUUCAAAAAAAAAAAAAUUAAGUUGGUGACUAAUAUUUGAUUUCCAGUAUCUUAGCACCAUUAACUCUUUAGUUUAUUAAAAUAUAUGUGCACACUCCAAGAAAAAUGUAUAGACGUUAAGUAGUCUAGCAAAAUUAUGAUCAAUAUCUCACUCUAAUCUCUUUGCGCAUGUGAUUGAUGCCAGCAUAUAUACACUGAUGAUUUUUUGUUGAAUGUGGUUUAGGUGUAUACUUAGUUGUGCAAGUUAAGUGGCACAGCUGCAUUAACUUAAUCUUAUGAGUUUCCCUCUUUGUCCUCAACUUGACUUUUGAUCAUUUGCUCCCACAUCAAAUCUCUUGCACGCUACCCCUCUUCUUUACAUUAUUUUAUUAAAAUUUUCUUCUCAAAACAUGCUUAUAAAUGAAGCAGCAAUACACAACAUCUCAACUUGCCUAGCAACCAUGGCUUCUUUGAGUCAAGCAACUGCGUUUGUGGCUAUGGUUAUACUCUUAGCAGCAGCGGCUGCACCGUCGUGGGCUGCCAUCACAUGCAGCGACGUGAUAAAGGACUUGAGGCCGUGCCUCAACUAUCUCAAGAGUGGGAGCGGGGCGCCGCCGACUCCCUGCUGUGACGGUGCGUCCAGCCUGGCGGCGGCGGCCAGCACCACGGCCGACAAGCAGGCCGCCUGCAACUGCCUCAAGAAUGCGGCGAAGAGCAUCACUCUCAAGCCUGAGCUCGCCAAAGCUCUUCCCGCCAACUGUGGGAUCUCCAUGCCCUUUCAAAUCUCGCCUAACGUUGAUUGCUCCAAGAUCAGUUAAGAUCGAUGGUGAUGCAUGGGCGUAUAAUAAUGUUGAGUUGUUGGAGUUGGAAGUAAUUUGAAGGAUGUUUAAUUGAUAUAUGAUGUUAUAGUAGUGUUAUAUGCGGAAUAAGAUGCAUUUUUUCUCUUCUCGGAGAGAAAUUGCAUCUCUUAUUUGUAUUUCUUAUUUGCAUAUCUUAUUGUAUUCCUCGUAUGUUCUUUUUCGGUUUUUCCAGGGACUUAAGAGUAAACUUGCAUAACUAUUUAUAUUUA